AUGUUCCAUUUCCCUCGAUCCACACGGGUGACGCGGCCUCCUCAUAUAUUUAUGCACCCAUGGACCCUAGAAGAGGUGGCUGUGAAUCCCCUGCUUGCGGACAGAUGGGCGUCGGCUGUGGGUGAUGACGGCGUGUCCUAUCAGGCAGUGGUUCAGCUACCUGACGAGGACUUGCGCGACCUGUUCCAACAAUGUGUCGGGCUGGAGAGCUGUUUACCCAAGGCGCUCAACAUGAUGAUUGUGCGCGAGUGUGCUGACACGAAGCACUGCUUGCUUGGUACUUACGCAAAAUAA